UCACCACUGACCAGAGUGGGGUUUAUUGAUCCAAACGCAAUAAACCGUUCUGGACUCUGGUGCUGUUUAAGCCUCUAGUUUGUAGGGAUUGUCUAGCUCGACAGGAGGCGUAGAUUCCGCGUGGCUUGAAGAUGAUAGCAGUUAUCUAAUGACGUAUUGAACUCCUUUUGGCAUACGGCGACGAAAGUGUUACCUUUUGGGGUUUCGCCAGUUCCACAAUUGUUUUAGCUGAACAUUCGAUAAAUGUCUCACGAUCUAGAAGGAAUAAAGAUAAUGGAUGACGGCAUGCUGAUCUAUAGCUGCCGUGAAAUAUUACGUGAAGCGAUGACUGGUCACAAUAGAAAGUUCAAACUGCUACUAAAACGUUGUGGGAGGUGGAGUUGUAAACUGAAUAAAACAAAAAUGAGUUUGUGUAAACCUCGUGUUAAAUUUUAUGGUCAUAAUCUAUCGGAUAAAGAAUUUCAACUGGACAAUUGGGAAAUCGAUGUUAUAGAUAAAGCUGAUCUCUAAAGAUUGCUUGGAAUGGUGAUUUAUUUAAGUCGUUUUAUUCCGAACUUGUCCAUGAGAAAUGCUGAACUGUGGAAACUUAUUGUAGACAACACCCCAUGAAUAUGUUUCGAAUUUAGAGAAUUGAUUGAGAUCAUAAUUAAUACGGUGACAAUUAUAGGAAUGCUGUGUGUCGACAUUCAUUGUAAAGAAUUUUCCAUUGUACUAGGGGGCGCAGUUUUCCAGAACGAUAAAACAAUCGCUUCAAGGCAGCUGUCGCAUCAGUCACUCUGGUAUUGAAAACUCUAUCAAAUUAUCUAAGGAACACAUUUUUCAUUUAGAUGUGAGGCAAUAGAGAAGAAAAUCCGAAACUGCGAAACAUGUGCAAAAUUUUUUGAGACACAACAAAAACUAACAAUAAAAUUACAUCAAAUGCCAAUGUAUGCAUGUCAAAUAAUCUCAGCGGAUAUAUUCCCCGACAGAAGUUAACAAGAAGAGAGGUAAACGUCCGUAUGAUAAAUCCACGAAAGUGCUUGAAAUUGGACAAGGAGUUGGAAUACAACUAAGCCUAAGUUGCGGAAAAAAUAAAGUUAAAGAGAUUCCUGAAAGACAAGGUUUCAGAUGGUUCUUGUGGAUGUUAACGGUACCCCAUAUAAAAGAAAUAGAAUAAAUAUAAAACGUUCAGUUUCUGUUGAAUUCUAAGACGACAACUCAAAUUCUAAUAUAAAUACUUCAAGAGAAAGGUCUGUUUCAUCAACGACUGAACGACUACCAUCAUAUUAUUCUUCAUAUCGUACAAUCGAAACACUUAGGCGGUUGUAACUGCUCUCAGUAUUAAAUAACCACGUUCUGUUUACUAAUUGAAAAGGGGAAGAUUUUUUAUGGUUGACAGGUCUGGCAAUGGUACUAAAAGCAUAAAUAUGGCAUCUGCCUUUUUCGUGUUCUUAUAAUUAGGCACAAUACAACAGCAUUCUGUAUGUGUACAUAUAAAAAAUAUAUAAGAAUUAAUCCUAUCGAGAACACCUUAAAUAUAAGAACUUUUAAUUAAUUUUGAUCUUUUAGUUUAGUCUUAUGUAAAUAAAUAGAUACCUAUGCAGAAGGAUAUUACAUUUUUGGAAAUUAUUGGAGAUUCUGAAGAUUAGUGUGGUGUAUUGCGGUUUACUACGUUAUUCAAAAUUGAAUUAAAAAGCAAAUUUUGGCUUAAGACGUCCAUUCUAAUUAUAUAACAAAGCCAUUACUUAUCUCUCUCUUACUAAUUUCAUAACCCUUGUUUUUUUUUUCGCUUCUGUUGCGAAAUGGUUCGAUCUUCAUUCAGGGGGGACAAAUCGAGCACUGACUUUAUGUUUAUUUAAGUCCUUUGUCCAGAAUUCUAUAAUAUGCUACAUAAGGCACAAAUUUCCAAAAAAUUGGCAAGUUUCGAUAUCGAUUCUAUAUCAAGCUACUUGAAGAAUUUCUGAACUGAGACUGCUUUUCUCUUUAGUUCGUAGCUAACAUCAGGGCAGCGCAAUGAGUUGUUAAUUUCCUUGAGCUUGAUUAAAAAGAGGAAGAGACUUAUUUUUUGAUCAUUCUAAUAAAUGAAAGUUGUGUUCGAAUAUUCAUCAUUGAAUAUAAAAGCAAACCGGGUUCGUAGUUACUCAAGUUAUAAAAAUGGACUCGUGCCCCGUUGUUACGCCCUGCAAUUCCUGUAUUGCGAAAACCAUAGAAGCAGACUGUCGCACAUGCACAAAAUCCAUAACAAGUUACCAAUGCUUACAGCAUGUGAUUGAUGACAGCGAUACUCAACGAAAGACUUACGGUGAAUUGUUAAAAGAUUUGUUGCAAGUGGACAAGAAUUUGGAAGAUCGAUUACCACAACAGAUUUGCAAAGAAUGUGCUAAUUUGCUAAAGCAUGUCUACAAAUUUAUCUUAGAAGCCCGCAAACGCCAUGAGGAAUUUCUCCAAUACGAUAUUAAAAGCGAAGAUUUCUCGCAAGAUAUGCCUGUACAUCAACCUGCCCUAGAGAAAAUGCAUAUUAAAAUAGAACCUGAAGAAAUCCGAUCAGAGAUACUGAACGUACCGAUUAAGACAGAACCUGCGAUGACAGAAACUCCAUAUCCAAUAUUAAUGGAAGUAUCGCCUAAGACAGAAUUGGAAGCACUUGAAAAUAGAAAAGAACAAAUUGGGUCGCCCUUAAAAUGUGAAUUGAGACUUAGUGAUGAUAUUAAAACAGAAGAAUGCGUUGAGAGCGACUUCAGUGGCAGUGAUACUAGCGAGCCCGAAGAUGACAUGAACGAAGAUUUCAAUUCGUCCGAGAUGCUGUUGCCGGUGCGAUGUGGUAUUUGCGACAAAGUGCACUUGCGUACUCAAGCCUCGGGUGAGAGGCCGUUUAAAUGCGAUUUCUGUGAAAAAGCGUUUAGAUGCUUAGACAGUUUAAAAUAUCAUUUAGUAACACAUAAUGAUGAGAAACCAUACAAUUGUUCCGAGUGUGACAAAUCAUAUGAACACAAGGAUAAAUUAUUAGUACAUAUGCGAAUUCAUUUCGCUGAUAAACCGUUUAAGUGCGAAGCAUGCGAGAAAACCUUCAGAAGUCUACAUAGUUUAAAAUAUCAUCUUGUAACGCACAGUGAAGAAAAACCUUACAUUUGUUCACAGUGCGGUAAAUCAUUCAAACAUAAAGAUAGAUUAGGAGCACAUGUGCGUCUUCAUUCCCUUGAAAAGCCUUUUAAAUGCGAUAUCUGUGAGAAAGCCUUUAAAAGAUCAUCAAGUUUAAAAUACCAUUUAAAAACCCAUAGCGACGAAAAACCAUAUUCUUGUUCCGAGUGUGGAAAAUCGUUUAAACACAAGGAUAACUUAGAUGUACAUAUGCGUGUCCAUUCAGGUUUACGUCCUUAUAAAUGCAAUGAGUGUCAGAAAACAUUUAAGUAUGCUUCCGGAUUGAAGGAUCAUAUAUUCCUUCAUACUGGUCAGAAACCAUUUACAUGUAAAACUUGCGAUAAAAGUUUUGCCCGCAAAACCAAUUUAAAAGCGCACUGUGAAAGAAAUAAGCAUGAGAAUUAAUAACAAGUUGAUUUAAGUACGGCCGAAGAGGCGCUAUUCGUUUUUUAGCAUAAUUGAAGGUUAUAUAUAUCACACCAACCACUGAAAGUUUGGCAUUAUUGUUAUCACAUGCGAAAGCAGAACAAAAAGUACAUGUAUAUUCUGUGUCAUGAGCAGUCAGCUUUAGCUUUUUUACUUUCCACGUGUUCAUAGACAGCAUACAGUGCUAUAAUAAUAUGCUUAUAUAUGCCUAAAAUUGGUUUUCAUCAGAAUGGUACAAAGAAAAUAAGUGAAAUGCUUCGAAUUUUACAUGCGCCGAUUUUGGGGCGGCGGAAUUGCUGUGUUUGUGUUAUUUAACAUAAAUGUCUCCAUAUAGUAAACCUUUCCUACCCAACUACGAUAAUGCAUUCUCAGUAUUAGCAUUAACGAGGCUUCAACGACGCUUUUCCUUCCAGAGUGGCUAUCUUUAGAAACUCUUCAUCAAUUGAACAUUCUUAUAUUAAAGAAAAUUUAGAUAAUGUAGUCAUUUAAUAUUUAACAAAGUUAUAA